UGAGUGUAAAUAGCAGACCGUCGAGCAGCGCGUGAUGGGUUUAACCGGAGCGAUUCUGGCGCUUCUGGCCGCUCUGUGCGGUGUGUGUCAGUCGCUGCAGGGUGGGAUGCUGUUCCCCACGGAGUCUCCCUCCAGAGAAGUGAAGGACGUGAGCGGCUUGUGGCGGUUCCGAGCGGAUCUGUCCCCGGAGCGGAACCGCGGAUUCGAGCAGCAGUGGUUCAAGCGUCCUCUGGCGGAGACAGGGCCUGUUAUUGACAUGCCGGUGCCGUCCAGCUACAAUGACAUCACACAAGACGCCAAGAUCCGUGAUUUCACUGGCUGGGUGUGGUAUGAGAGGGACGUAUGGGUGCCGUCGCGCUGGAUCCAGGACCGGGGAACACGGAUCGUGCUCCGAGUGGGAAGCGCUCACUAUUACUCAAUGCUUUGGGUGAACGGGGUCAAUGUGAGCGAGCACGAGGGCGGUCAUCUCCCGUUUGAGGCGGACAUCAGCGCCGUUCUGCGGCAGACGAACGGGAACCCGUGCCGAAUCACCAUCGCUGUGAACAACACUUUAACUCUAGAGACGCUUCCACCGGGAACCAUCCAGUACAUGAACGACCGCACCAGAUACCCCGCUGGAUACUUCGUCCAGAACACUAACUUUGAUUUCUUCAACUACGCUGGAAUACACCGACCGGUCCUGCUGUACACCACACCCACGGCGCACAUUGAUGACAUCACACUGGAGACCAGCUUCUCAGACAACAUCGGGCUGGUCAGUUUUAACGUGUCCGUGUUGGGCAGCUCUAAACCCGCUGUGAAAGUCACGCUCUCGGCUCACGACGGCAGACGUGUGGCUUCGGCCGACGGCUCCAGAGGAGUCCUCAAAGUCUCUGACGUUAACCUCUGGUGGCCGUAUCUGAUGCACGAGAACCCGGCGUACCUUUACUCCAUGGAGGUUCAGGCGACAGCGGAGGACGGACAGACGGAUGUCUACACUCUUCCGGUGGGGAUUCGCACCGUUAAAGUCACCAGCACACAGUUCCUCAUCAACAACAAGCCGUUUUACUUCCACGGGGUCAACAAACACGAGGACGCAGACAUCCGAGGGAAAGGCUUCGACUGGCCUCUGCUGGUGAAGGACUUUAAUCUGAUGAAGUGGAUGGGAGUGAACUCGUUCCGCACCAGUCACUAUCCGUACGCCGAGGAGAUCCUGCAGACGGCCGACCGGCACGGCAUCGUCAUCAUCGACGAGUCGCCUGGAGUGGGAAUCAAAGACAUACGCAGUUUCGGGAACGUGUCUCUGGUUCAUCACCUGAGGGUCAUGGAGGAGCUGGUGCGGCGUGAUAAGAAUCAUCCGUCUGUGGUCAUGUGGUCUGUGGCCAAUGAGCCGGCGUCAGAGAUGCCCCCCGCCGGACUCUACUUCAAGGAACUGGUGUCUCAUACGAAAUCUCUGGAUUCGUCGCGUCCCGUCACGUACAUCACAGACAGCAACUAUGCCAGAGAUCUCGGGGCUCCGUAUGUGGACGUCAUCUGUGUGAACAGCUAUCUGUCGUGGUAUCAUGACCCGGGUCACACAGAGAUCAUCAGUCUUCAGCUCAACACUCAGUUUGAUGACUGGUACGGGAAAUACCAGAAGCCCAUCAUCCAGAGCGAGUACGGAGCGGACGCCGUGCCCGGAUUACACAGCGAUCCACCCAUGAUGUUCACGGAGGAGUAUCAAACCACCGUCCUGCAGAACUACCACAGCGUGUUCGACCGGAAGAGGAAGGAGUUCCUGAUCGGAGAGCUGAUCUGGAACUUCGCCGACUUCAUGACGGCUCAAACCAUCACUCGAGUGGUUGGGAAUAAGAAGGGAGUCUUGACCCGGCAGCGUCAGCCCAAAGCCGGAGCGUUUCUGCUGCGAGAGCGAUACUGGAGGAUCGCCAAUGAGACGUGUCGGCCCGCUCUCCAUGAGCCGGAUCAGCUGUGAGGGGAAACCAGGUUUAUCAGGAGGAAGUGCCUUAUGUGUGCCACACUGAGGAUCACAGCUGUAUGUUCUUCAUAGAGACACUCAAUUUUUUAUUAAAUUGUUUUCUUUUAAAAGUCCUGAAUGCAGCAACACUAUUAAACUGGAGCAGGAAUGUUUUCUCUUAAACGUGCCUUUUUUUUUUUCCAGCGUCUGGGAUUCAUAUUGUGAACGUUUGAUAACCAGUGAACAUGUCCAGGUCACAUUUCACCUCCGUUAAAAUAAAUAACAUUUCGUUUAAAGACCAUUUAGUCUAUUUUAGGACCAGCAAGAUUUUUUUUUUUACAUGAUUUACAUUAUAAUUAAAACACAUUUUCUCCCCAAAUUCAUUACUGUAAUGCUAUAAAGUUGUUUAUAUAUAAUUUUGAUAUUUGUUGUUUGCCUAGAUGCAGAUAUGUAAUGUUUUUUAUGUAUUACAGUAAUAACAUUAUUCCAUGAGAACCUAAUAAAGAUCAAUUGAGAAUGAGAAUUGCAAAAAAAAAAUUAAGAAAAAAUUUAAUGAUCAUAAAAAAGUCAAAAUAAAUAAAUAAAAAAUAUAAAUAUAUUUUCUUUUUUUUUUUCUGGUGAAAUGUGACCAGGAUGUGUUUUCUUCCCACUGGCAGUAGUUAAGUAAACUGUCUACUUUAUUAUAUAUUUUAAUCAACUUCUAAUAAUUGGCUCCAGUAUUUCUCAUUUUGAGGCAUGUGUGUAAAUGACCAGCUUAUGAUUUUUAUGAGAGUGUACUUUACUUUAAUUACUUCAUAAACAAUGAAUGAAUCCUUUGUUCGUGGACAUUCCAGACAUUCCCGAGUGAUGUCAUCAAAAUAAAUGGCAUUCCAACAAGAU